CAAAGCAGGGAAAAGACAGCCUCUGUCCCAGUGUGUGUGUGUGUGUGUAUAAUAGGUAAACUUCUCCUCGACAGACCAGUUUUUCCAGUCUGAUUGAGAAGAACACACAGAGAACAGUUCUUCCACACUGACACGGAGAGAACAUGGUAGAAUAAAAAACAAAACCCCUUCAGAGGAUUUGAGAUCGCAGAGGGUCUCUCAGGAUGAGUGCUCGACAUCGGACCGCUUCCCAGGAUUCCCAGGAGGAGCCGGAUGAUGAGGUUGUGCCCUACAGCGAUGACGAGACGGACGACGAGUUACAGUCAGAAGACGAUCUGGAUCGGAGAGAAGACCAGCUGCCAGAACCAGAAAUCAGACCCACGCCUGCCACCGAGCCCGGCUGGAGCAUCCGAGCCAAUGACCGGGAAUACUGCAAUCAACCCCAGUUUCAGAAGAAGGUCUUUCUGUGCGUCAAGAAGAGCAGAUAUUCUGGCAAUGCAAUCAAGACGUACAAAUAUAACGUCCUCACCUUCCUGCCGCUGAACCUGUACGAGCAGUUUAAGAGAGCGGCCAACCUCUACUUCCUGUGUCUGCUGAUCCUGCAGAUCAUUCCUCAAAUCUCCACGCUGCCGUGGUACACCACCCUGGUGCCGUUAGUGCUGGUGUUGGGCAUCACCGCCAUUAAAGACCUGGUGGACGACCUGGCACGACACAGGAUGGACAAAGAAAUCAACAACAGAAGGUGUGAGGUGCUGCUCAAUGGCAGAUUUGAAGAGACCAGAUGGAUGAACCUGCAAGUUGGUGAUGUGGUCAGACUAAAGAAAAAUGAUUUUAUUCCGGCCGAUAUUCUGUCGUUGUCCAGCUCCAAUCCCAACAGUCUGUGUUAUGUAGAGACGGCGGAGCUCGACGGAGAGACGAAUCUGAAGUUUAAGAUGGGUCUCAAGGUGACAGACGAGUGUCUUCAUGAGGAGGAUCAGUUGGCCAGGUUUAAUGCGCUGAUUUUGUGCGAGGAGCCCAACAACCGUUUGGAUAAGUUUAUGGGAACGAUGAUCUGGGACGCUCAGAGUUACCCGCUCGACCUGGACAACAUGCUGCUCAGAGGAUGCAAGAUUCGCAACACGGACGUGUGCCACGGCCUGGUCAUAUUCGCAGGAAAUGACACUAAGAUCAUGAGGAACGGAGGGAAGACCAGGUUCAAACGCACCAGGAUAGACAUACUGAUGAACUACAUGGUCUACACGAUCUUUGGGUUGCUGGUUUUGUUGUGUGCUGGUCUGGCCAUCGGACACACGUACUGGUACGAGAGCAUCGGCUCGAAGGCCUGGUAUCUAAUCGACGGCCUCGACUACUCUUCAUCUACCCGAGGCUUCCUCAGUUUCUGGGGCUACAUCAUCAUCCUCAACACCAUGGUGCCCAUCUCUCUCUAUGUGAGUGUGGAGGUGAUCCGCUUGGGUCAGAGUAAGUUCAUUAACUGGGAUCUGCAGAUGUACUACGGUGACAAAGACACGCCGGCCAAAGCCAGGACCACCACACUGAACGAGCAGCUGGGGCAGGUCGAGUACAUCUUCUCUGAUAAAACCGGCACGCUAACGCAAAACAUCAUGGCCUUCAAGAAGUGCACCAUCACAGGACGCACUUACGGAGAUCCCACCAGUGCAGACGGUGUGUCACUGGGUCGUGGAACGCCUGUGGAUUUCAGUUGGAAUAAAUACGCCGAAAAGAAUUUCCAGUUUGAAGACCAUUUCCUCGUUUCCUCUAUCCGUGCGAAGAAGGACCCCCAAAUUAUGGAGUUUUUCAAACUCCUGUCCUUGUGUCACACCGUCAUGGUUGAGCAGAAAGAGGAUGAGUUGGUGUACCAGGCUGCGUCUCCUGAUGAGGGCGCUCUGGUCACAGCAGCAUGCAACUUUGGUUAUGUGUUCUUGUCCCGAACGCAGGACACCAUCACCGUCCUGGAGAUGGACCAUGAGGAGACCUACGAGAUGCUCGCUCUGCUCGACUUCAACAGCGACCGCAAGCGCAUGUCCAUCAUCCUGAGAUAUCCAGACGGUAAAAUUCGUCUGUACUGUAAGGGCGCAGACACUGUGAUCUACCAGAGACUCGAUGCUAAUAGCAAGAAUAAAGAAACCACGCAAGAAGCUCUGGACAUCUUUGCGAACGAGACGCUGCGGACUCUGUGUCUCUGCUAUAAAGACAUCAGUCAGGCGGAGUACGACGCCUGGUCUCAGAAACACCAGGCUGCCAGCGUUUCAAUGGAGAACCGUGAGGAGGCCCUGGACACUGUGUACGAAGAGAUCGAGGAAAACCUUUUGCUGAUUGGAGCGACAGCCAUUGAAGAUAAACUUCAGGACGGCGUCCCAGAAACCAUCGCAAAACUGGCCAAAGCUGACAUCAAGAUCUGGGUUCUGACCGGAGACAAGAAAGAGACCGCUGAGAACAUCGGCUACGCCUGCCAACUGCUGACCGACGAUAUGAAGAUCCACUACGGAGAGGACGUGAAUGUUCAGCUGAGGAACAGACAGACACAAAGGCGCAACGACCCUCAAGGACGCAAUAAGAAGCUGAAGGAGCAGUUUUUCACAGAGCCUGGCAAGAACGCGCUCGUCAUCACUGGAGGCUGGCUGAAUGAGAUCCUGUACGAGAAGAAGAAGAAGCGUCGUCGCUUGCGUCUGAAGAAGCUCAGGAAGCGGUUCAUUCACUCCACCAAUCCUCCAGACAGCAGUCAGCCCGUGGACGAGUGGGAGAAGGAGAAGAGACAGGAGGACUUCGUGGACAUGGCGUGUGAAUGCAGCUCGGUGAUCUGCUGUCGCGUGACGCCCAAACAGAAGGCCAACGUGGUCAGUCUGGUCAAGCGCUACAAGAAGGCCGUGACUCUGUCCAUCGGCGACGGAGCCAAUGACGUCAACAUGAUCAAGACUGCAGACAUCGGUGUGGGCAUCAGUGGUCAGGAGGGGAUGCAGGCGGUAAUGUCCAGCGAUUACGCCUUCGCUCAGUUUCGUUAUCUUCAGCGCCUCCUGCUGGUCCACGGACGCUGGUCCUACAUCCGCAUGUGCAAAUUCCUGCGCUACUUCUUCUACAAGAACUUCGCCUUCACUCUGGUGCACUUCUGGUUCUCCUUCUUCAACGGAUUUUCCUCACAGACGGCUUAUGAAGACUGGUUCAUCACUCUAUACAACGUUUGCUACAGCAGUCUUCCUGUUCUCCUCGUGGGUCUUCUGGAUCAGGACGUGAACGACAAGCUGAGUUUACGCCACCCGAAGCUGUAUCUCCCGGGGCAGCAAGGAUCGCUGUUUAACUACAAGAACUUCUUCAUCAGCUUGUUCCACGGCGUCUACACGUCCCUCAUGAUCUUCUUCAUCCCGUACGGUGCGUUCCUGCAGACCAUGGGACAGGACGGCGAGGCUCCGUCUGAUUACCAGUCGUUCGCUGUGGUCGCAGCUUCAUCGCUCAUCAUCACCGUCAACCUGCAGAUCUCGUUGAACACCUCCUACUGGACGUUUGUGAACUUUUUCGCGGUGCUCGGCAGUAUAGCCAUUUACUUCGGCGUCAUGUUUGACAUCCACAGCGCAGGAAUCCACGUCAUCCUCCCAACCACCUUCACUUUCACAGGUGCGGCGUCUAACGCUCUGAGACAGCCGUAUCUCUGGCUGACCAUCAUCCUGACGGUGGGAAUCUGUCUCCUUCCCGUCAUCUGCAUCCAGUUCCUCUGUCAGUCCAUCUGGCCCUCGGUCGGAGACAAGGUCCAGAGGAACAGGAAGAAGUAUGAGCUUGAGGAUGAAGAAGAGGAGAGGAAGAAGAAGAAGCCGGCAUUCCAGCGCGGCGGACGCUCUCGUCGCUCCGCUUACGCCUUCUCGCACUCGACCGGCUACGCCGACCUCAUCGCGUCGGGACGCAGCAUUCGCCAGCGACCGCGUGUCCGGCCCGAGCUCAGAGAGAGUAUACGAGAGGCUCCUCAGGCCGACAACAUCUGAAACACUCAUUACCUGCUUAUGUGCCUUUACCCUGAGCUGGCCACCGGAACCGGCCAAUAGGAAGAGGCCAAGUGUCUUUUAAAGGGGAGGGACUAAUGAAAGAGCCAAUGGGAAAUGGGGAUGAAGGGCUUUAAAGGGGAAAGAUAAAGUUAACACUCACCGGUGACCAGGACUGGUUUUAAUGUUCUGCAACAAGAUUGUACAACAAAUUGUUUGUCUCAGGUUUUUAUUUCAUGUUUUUAAAUUUUUGCAGAUGUACAAUUCAGGGUCCUGCCCUCGGAAAGAGUAUGUGAAUGUGUGUUUCUAUUCCCAGCACUUGUUUUGUACACUGCCAAGAUUUUCUUAGUAUUUUUGUCUUUGCAUUAAAAAUAUCAACACUUUCUUAUAGAAUUACAUAUUUAGUGUAAUAUAAAAUUAUAUAAGCACCAGAAUAUAUUUUGAAUUAGGCUUACAGCUCCUUAAAUUUAGUUUUGAGAUUUAAUGCCUAAAAACCAGAAAAUAAAUAUAAAAAUAAAGUCUAAAACCGGAAAAAUAUGAAUGAAAAAAAAAAAAAAACAUUUUGUAAAAUUGAUGUUAUACAGUUAUGCUUCUCAAGUAAAUUCAUCUUGCUUGAUCCUUAAACAAAAUAAAUGUAUUUUAAAUAAAUAAAGCUUAAAAAAAUAGUAAAAACAACCAAUGAAAAAUGCAUACAGCCUGUAAAACUAAUAUAAAACUGUUUUGCUUCUCAAUUAAAUAAAUCUUAUUUGUUUCUCAAACCAAAUAAAUGAAUUUGAGAAGCAAAAUAUAUGCUUUAAACAUUUUGAUUAAACAUUAAAAAUGUUUAAAUAAAUUUUCAAUGAAAAACAAGACAAAAAUACUGAUUAAGAGACUGAUUUUUUUUUGCAGUGUAAUGAAGGGUGUUGAUUAGACUUUUUACCUCUUUACUACAUUUGAAGACUUUUAUGUUGAAAUGUGAACUCGGUAAGGAUUCAUCAUCUUGAUUUCCAAUUUUUGCAAAAUGUCCAAGCAAGCAAAGGCCUGUAUCCCACAAACCUCAGGAUGAAUUUUCCUCUCGGUCGAAUCUUUGCAUGGUGUCAGUGUCUCGUUCGAGAUGAUGUUCCUUAUGAACCGUGAAUGAAUGAAUGUGUUUAAAGUGAAACGUGAUGUUUACAUAAAUACUUCUGAGCUCCUCUGUUCCUCAAGACCUCUGCUGUCAGUGGAAACGGUUCUCGCUCAAUUUCUAACAACAUGUCAUGUAAAAACCUGCCUAGAGGGUCAUAGAUCAUUUUUAAGAUGGACACACUGACUGUGGUGUCUUCUCUGAUUUAAUAUUACAUUGUUGUUCUGUGAGUUGAUGUUAAACGGGUCGUCAUGCCUUCAGUUGCUGAUGGAAAUAUCUGUCUGUGAAAGAAUGAAGACUUAAUGGUGAUUUGUUUUCUUCUGUCAUGGAACUGACUUUGCACUUUGGUACAGGGACUUGUGUCUUUCUCAUUUUAACCCUAGCUGUUACAAGAUUUGAAAUAAUCUACCAUGUUAUAAUAUAACUUAUGAGAAAACACUAUAUUUAUUACGCUGGCUGUUCUUAAUGUGUACAUUGAAUGAAUGUAAUAGGCUUUAUCCAGCCAUAUCAGAUCAGUCUGACAAACUUGAACUCAGCUCUGUGGAUUGUCUGUAUGUAAUGCACUGUAAUAUACUUUGCACAGAUGUCUAUAAAUAAAGAAUAAGAUGUAG